AUGACCGAGGCAUCGAAUGGCGGCAAAGCAGCAGCACCACCCACUUCGGAGCAGCAGCAGCGGGUUCACCGGAGUUCGCAUUCAUCCUCACGAAAAGGCCCCACUACUAUUGGACCGAAUACUGCGGGCAGCGGUGCAGCGACGGCAACACUGCUCACCGCGAGCAAUGGCGAGCACGCCUGUGAAGACAUCUUCCUUGAGGAGAACUAUGAAAAGAUUGAGGACUGGCUGGACGAGCACCCUGCCUUUGUGCAAAGCUACUUCCUGCGGAAGGUGUCUCGCCCACUGGUGGACCAGUGGCUGGUCACCCACUCCACCUCGACGGGGACAUUGGCUACUCUGAGCGCCAAUCAGACGCUGACUAGCACUGAAAACUCCGGCGCCAACACGCCCGUUCGCAAGAUCUCCGCACACGAGUUUGAGGCCAGCGGCGGCGGCUUCCUCCGACCCAUGGUCUCCACCACAUUCGACGGCACGCCCACCUUUCUGCCCAUCCAACAAGACAAUGCGGCGACCAAGCUUACGACGACGACAGAGUCGCAGUCGACAGCGGCGGCAGUAGGCUUUGAGCAGUUGACGACGACGGCAACGGCAGCGGCGGCCGUUGGCGUGCCAUCGAGCACAGCCUCCAGUGUAACGACACCGGGCGCCACUGCAACUCCGCAGUCGGCGACCACCGCCGUCAAAGCAGCUAGCGGACUUGCAAAACAUCAACAACAGCAUCAUCAGCAUCAUCAGUCAUCCUCAUUGGCGCGCAUCUCCCCCACAUCAGGCGAAUUCGGCAUUCUGCCCUCACUCUCCUCGACCUCUCUGAUCUCCAGCAAUACCUCCUCCUCCUCAAUGAACACCCUCACCGGCAGCACUCAGCUGGGCACCGUCUCCGCUUCCUCAUCCACCUCCACCGCCACUGCCACUCCCAGCAAAAACCCGUCCUUCAUAACUGCUGGAGCUCGCAUUCGUCACGCCUCUCUCGGCGGUCCGCUGAUCUCCUUUGGCAGCAACGUCAGCGGCAAGUCUCGUGAGGAGAUUGAGGCCAUCAACAAUGAGAAUGAGCUCAUCUUUGAGCUGGUGAAAGACAUCUGCAACGAUCUGGACGUUCGAUCACUCUGCCACAAGAUCCUCAAAAACGUCUCCAUCCUCACCAAUGCAGACCGGUGUUCGCUCUUUAUUGUGCGUGGAGAGAAGAAUGAACCGAAAACCAGAUACCUAGCAAGUCACCUUUUUGACGUCUCUGGUCAAUCGACCAUAGAACAAGUGUCUUUGAAGGAGGAGAUCACCAUUCCGUGGGGCAAGGGCAUUGUCGGCCACGUCGCCGAAUCAGGCAAAUCGGUGAACAUUCCAGACUGCUACAAGGACGCCCACUUCUCCUCGACCAUCGACCAGAAGACCGGCUACACGACACGGAACAUGCUGUGCAAUCCCAUCGUCGACGUGGACGGCACAGUGCUCGGGGUUGCCCAGGUGAUCAACAAGAACGGCGCCCCCUGCUUCACCGCCAGCGACGAGGCGGUCUUCGCCCGGUACCUGCAGUUCUGCGGCAUCGGCCUGCGCAAUGCUCAGCUGUACGAGCUCUCGCAGCUGGAGAACCGCCGCAACCAGGUGCUGCUCGACCUGGCGCGCAUGAUCUUCGAGAAGCAGUCCACCAUUGAGAACAUCAUCUUCCGCAUCCUAGUGCACACCCUCUCGCUGCUGCAGUGCGAACGGGCGCAGAUACUGCUGCUGACGGAGGGCAGCAGCUUCAGCUUCACGCGAGUCUUCGACCUGGCGCGCAGUGACGUCGACAAGCCUGACUUUGAGAAACUGCACCAGACGCCUUUUGAGGGUCGCUUUCCCAUCAACGUCGGCGUCACCGGCUACGUCGCCAGCACCGGCGAGACGCUCAACAUUGCCGACGCCUACGCGGACCCCCGUUUUGACGCCCACGUGGACGAUCACGCCAGCAAUGAGGCCGGCUUCCGCCACCGGGGCAUCCUCUGCAUGCCCAUUCGCAAUGCCUCGCGCAAGAUCAUCGGCGUGGCGCAACUGGUGAACAAACUCAAUGGACAGCCCUUCAACAUGAAUGACAUCAACAUCUUUGAGGGCUUCGCCAUCUUCAGCGGCAUGGGCAUUGAGAACACGCAAAUGUUCGAAAAGGCGGUCAAGGCGAUGGCCAAGCAGCGGGUCACCCUCGAGCUGCUCUCUUACCACGCCUCGGCCACCGACCAGGAAGCCUACGACCUGCAGCGAAUGAUGAUUCCCUCGACGAGUAGCCUGUGCUUGGACAAGCUGCAUUUCCGCGACUUUAGCCUGACGGAAGAUCAGAUGAUCAGGGGCGUCAUUCGAAUGUUCCUCGACCUCGAUCUCAUAGAGCGCUUCCACAUCGACUACAAGGUCCUCUGCAAGUGGAUUCUCAGCGUGCGCAAGAACUACCGCCCCGUUCUCUACCACAACUGGCGACACGCCUUUAACGUGGCGCAGUUUCUCUACGCUAUUCUUGUGAACACCAACCUUAGCCGCAUCCUAGGUGAACUGGAGACACUAGCGCUGAUUGUCGCCUGCCUCAGCCACGACCUAGACCACCGUGGCACCAACAACUCAUUUCAAAUUAAAACCAGCUCCCCACUGGCUCAGCUUUACUCUACCUCCACUCUGGAGCACCACCACUUUGAUCAGUCACUAAUGAUACUCAACAGCCAAGGCAAUCAAAUUCUGAGCAAUCUCUCUCCUGAAGAGUACCGCCACGUGGUCAGUGUUCUCGAGGAGGCCAUUCUCGCCACCGACCUUGCCGUCUACUUUCGCAAACGAGACGCCUUCUUUGAGCUGGUCAACAGAGAGGCCCUCGACUGGGGCAAUGAUGUGCACCGCUCUCUGCUCCGGUCAAUGCUGAUGACUGCCUGUGAUAUUGCCGCAAUUACAAAGCCAUGGGAAGUGCAAAAGGUGGUGGCCGAGCUGGUGGCCAGUGAGUUUUUCCAACAAGGAGACAUUGAAAAGGCGCAGCUCAAAAUUGAGCCUAUUGAUAUGAUGAAUCGCGAGAAGCGCGAGGAACUGCCAAAGAUGCAACUGUCCUUUAUCAGCUCCAUCUGCCUGCCUGUCUACGAGUCCUUUGCCAAGCUAUUUCCCAAUCAGCUUACACCUCUCGUAAACGGCGUACUUGACAAUCGACAGAAGUGGACCACUCUCUCGAGUAUGCCCUAUCAGCUGAGCAUUAAAUCUCCAGUCAGCUCAGUGUCUCCCUACGGCGGUGGCGGAGGCGGCAGUGGCCCACCGCAGAUAGACGGCUCCUGUGAUGUCGAUGAAAGACAGCAGGGCCACGACUUAAAGUACCUUUCCUCGCUGAAUCGCUUCAAUGUCAACAGCAAAGUACGAGCUCGACAAUACAUUAGCGACACAUUUCGCAGCUUUGGUCUCAAUGUGACUGAACAGAAGUUCAAAGCACCGUAUAUUGAGAAUGAAGGCAUCAACAUUAUUGGCAUUCGAAAGGGCACUGCUCGGCGGAAACGGAGCGGUCGAGAGCGGCUUCGCUCACCACCGGUCAAUGACCAGAUAGUUGCUCUAGUCAUCGGCGCCCACUACGACACAGUCAAAAAUACCAGCGGUUUGAAUGACAACGGCUCGGGCAUUGGCGUCAUGCUGGAGAUGGGAGCCAUUGGGAGCAAAUACUUUGUCAACGAGUACCUUAUUCCGAAUGAGCUCAGUAAUGUUCAGUACCGCAGUCACUUCAAAGGGGCUAUCAUCAUGGACACGCUGCUCAACUUUGAUGCUCAACCGGGCACACAGGACAUUCCCAAUGAUAUUCACCUGACGGUGCCAGGCUUCAGCACGGCAAUCAAACAAAGCAACUACAGUGGAAACUUUUUGGCCAUGUUUGCUCGCACCAACAUCGACCAGCCCAUAUCGAGACUUAUCGAAGAGAAGUGGAGCAAGCAUGAUUCAGAGUCAGCUGCUCAAAAGAGCACUACUAGUGAGGUGGUAGACUGGAAGCAGUACCAGCUAAAGCCAGUGUCCAUUAAAAGCCUAAGUAAAGGCAAAGCGGCAAGCUUUCAAGACCUGCAAAAACAUGUCAACAUGCUACGCAGUGAUCACCUGCACUUUUGGUAUCACAAUCACAGCAGCUAUCCAAACUCACUGGGCGCUGUUCUCCUCACUGACACUGGUAAAGAAAGUGAUUCAAUUACCUGA